AUUAGUUUCCCAGUCACCGAGAAGGCCUAAACAUGACGAUAUCGAAACUGACAUUGCGCGGCUCUACCCGCCUGAAGGAGAAUGAAAAGCGACGUAUUGUGGACGAGACCUCGCGCAAACGUCGGCAUAGAAAAAUGAUCGAAAGUCUCGACGCCGAUAAUUAUCAUGAAGAUCCGCACGCCGACCUGGUUAUGAGCAAGAAGAUACCGAAGUUUGAAGACAACUUGGAGACGCGCACGCGCAGUAAGAAGAAGGAGAAAAGUCCCGAGUAUUACCAGAUGAAGUUUCGUAAGCAUAUCUUGCAGUUGCUCGAGGAGGAUCGUGUCGAGGCGGAAAGUACGGGUAGGUUUUCGUAUAUGGAUAUGGCGAGUGAGGACACUAAUAUGCCCUACAGACAUUUUUGUGCUGUGUGUGGCUUUUUCAGUCAGUAUGUUUGUUUGACGUGCGGUAUGAGGUAUUGUACGAUUAAGUGUAUGGACACUCAUAUGGAUACUCGGUGUCUUAAGUGGGCAGGUUAGUUUUUUUGUACAUAAAGCUUUACUUGCAAAUAAACUUCUAUUUUGUGUGAUUAUUUGUAAAGAAUUACACAAUUUCUUACCUGA